AUGGCCAGGACCCAGAAGAACAAGAACACGUCCUUCCAUCUGGGUCAACUCAAGGCCAAGCUGUCAAAGCUCAAGAGGGAGCUCCUCACCCCGACGAGUAGUGGUGGUGGUGGCGGCGCGGGAUUCGACGUGGCCAGGACGGGUGUGGCGAGUAUCGGGUUCAUUGGCUUCCCGUCCGUGGGAAAGAGUACGCUCAUGAGCAAGAUUACGGGGCAGCACUCUGAGGCGGCGGCGUACGAAUUCACGACGUUGACGUCUGUUCCUGGACAGGUCACGUACAACGGCGCCCCCCUUCAGAUCAUCGAUCUUCCCGGUAUCAUCGAAGGUGCCAAGGACGGUCGGGGACGUGGACGACAGGUCAUUGCCGUGGCCAAGACGUGCCACCUGAUCUGCAUCGUGCUGGACGUCAACAAGCCCCUGACGGACAAGCGUGUCAUCGAGUCCGAGCUCGAGGGCUUCGGGAUCCGCAUGAACAAGGAGCCGCCCAACAUCACGUUCAAGAAGAAGGACAAGGGCGGGCUCAACAUCACCAAUACGGUGCCGCUGACCAACAUUGACCACGGCGAGAUCAAGGCGGUCAUGAACGAGUAUCGCAUCAACUCGGCCGACAUCAGUAUCCGGUGCGACGCCACGGUCGACGACAUUAUUGACGUCAUCGAGGCGCGCAGCCGCAGCUACAUCCCCGUCGUCUACGUUCUCAACAAGAUCGACGCCAUCAGCAUCGAGGAGCUCGACCUGCUGUACCGCAUCCCCCACGCCGUCCCCAUCAGCUCUGAGCAGGGCUGGAACAUUGAUGAGCUCAUGGAGGCCAUAUGGGACAAGCUCAACCUCAAGCGCAUCUACACCAAGCCCAAGGGCAGGCAACCGGACUACUCGUCUCCUGUUGUGCUCAGGUCAAACCGAAGCACCGUCGAGGACUUUAGAAGAGAAAAUGCAAGAAAAGGGAAGACUGACACGAAACAGUGCAAUUCCAUUCACAAAACCAUUGUGGAACAGUUCAAGACGGCCAUCGUAUAUGGAAAGUCCGUCAAGCACCAGCCGCAGAAGGUCGGAUUGAGCCACGAGUUGGCCGACGAGGACGUUGCGAACGGCAAGAAAGAACAAGAAGAAGAGAGAUGA